AGGGGAGAGGCCCCUUGCCCCACGGUGGGGAAAGAGCAGAGCCGCAGGGAGCCCACGGAAGGGCCACAGGGCGGAGAGGAGAGGCCCUUCCUCGAAGCCCAGCCAGGUCGGAUAAAUGCCAAUACUAACAUGGAGAAGAAGACAGAGGCAUUGCAGGAAGAAAGGGUAGUUAGAUCAGUCCCUCAUGAUGCCGAACUUCAAGAACUGAUGCAACAAAUUGACAUAAUGGUUUACAACAAGAAACUAGAAUGGGAAAAGAAGAUGCAAGCCUUAGAAGAAAAAAUGACAGUCCGGGAUCAAGAAUUAGCAAGUGCCCAAAGCAAGUUAGAACAGAAAGGUCAAGAGGUUGGGGUCCUAAGGCAGAAGCUGGACAGCUUGCAAAAGUCAAAAUAUGAAAUCGUUGAGAACUAUGAUUCACAGCUUCAAGCCCUGAAAACUCAAUUUUCCAAGCUGACACAGAGCUAUGAAAAGUUGCAGCUGCACCAGGUAAAACAAAAUAAAGCUCAUGAUGUGGAGACAUAUAAGGAAAAUGAAGAUGUACCUUUCCAAAUGAGCAGUUUAAACCAGAAAUUGGAAGAAUUCAGAGCAAAAUCAAGGGAGUGGGAUAAACAAGAAACGCUGUAUCAAAAUCAUCUAGUUUCUUUAGAUGCUCAACGGAAAUUAUUGUCUGAGAAAUGUAAUCUAUUGCAGAGGCAAACACAAAAUUAUCAAAUCCAGAUACACUAUCAAAGGCCCAAAGCAGAAGAUACAGAACCUUGCAGCCAGGGCAAAACUGAGCAUGUUGGCGUUCAAUGUGAUGAUUUGCCUGAGCCCAUUGACAGGAGUGACCACUUUAUGGAGAAACUUCAGUCAACUGUGAGCGAAAUUGCAGAAAGCAGGAACAGGUUGCAAGAGGAAAAUCUAAAAUUCCGCCAGGAAGUAAAAAUGUACCAGAGGAGGUGCCAGACUAUCGAAGCCAAGCUUACAGAAGCGACAAAUGAACUGAAGUCACGGAACGAUCUAUUGAAUAUGAUGCAACUGGAAUUCCAGCGGUUGCGUCAAGAAGUAACCAGACUUGAAGAGCUUAGUAGCAUAGAAGAAAAUCAUGUAAAGCUUCAAUCAUCUUAUGCUCAAUGUGUCAAGGACUUGGAAAUCAAGAAAGCUCAGAUACUUUUCUUGGAGAGACAGCAGCAAAAUCAAAAGAGAGAGCUAAAUCAGAUAAGGGACCGUCUUUAUCAGGAACAGCAGUCCCAUUGCUCUGAGGUGGAAAGAAUGAGGAGAGAAAUCUCUGACCUGACAGAAGAGCUUCAUCAGAAGGAGAUUACUAUAGCAACUAUCAUGGCGAAAGCGGCUCUGCUGGAAAGACAGUUACAAAUGGAGUUAGAGAUAAAAGAGAAAAUGUUAGGAAAACAACAGAUGUUAGAUCUGACUAAGAAAGAAUCCAAGACCUAUUGGGAUUCCUCAAAUAGAGCUCCACAUGAGAAUGAAAGGUUUCACAGUGAAUUUGUUAACUUGCCAAAGGACUCCGAUAUACCUUUGCUGGUGAAGCCGAUUCCAUAUUUUGGAACAAAUCUUGCCAGUCCAACAUCAGUAAAAAUGCAAGAGAAGAAAGAGAAGCCUGUGGAGAAUGAAAAUGAAUGGACAGCACAGUCCGCCACUUACGAACACUGCAGAACCCAAAAUCCUACCUGGCAUGGCCAAGGUGAUAUUUUCAAUGCUGAGAGCAGUUGUGCUCUGCCUCUCCAAGGACGAAGUAGAAGUCGUGAACCCAUCGCCGAUGGUAGAUCUCCAUCACCACCAAAUGCAUAUCGAGAACACCAUAGCACCUACUUUCCUAAAGAAGCUAAACCUGAUAUGUUACUGAAACAUACCUAUGUUGCAGAAGCAAGUCAGAUGCCUUCCCCAGAGACCCCGCUUCCUGCAACCGUAACCGAGAAGUUCCGGCAAGAGGAAGAGAAACGUGCCAGAGACUUUGAACUGGUUUUAAACUCCCACAUUGAAGAACUCCAAACGCAGUCAGAGAACACCCUAAAGAAAUACGCCCGUUUCAAGCAAAACCGACACAGAUGAGCCUGAAAAAAAGAAAGAAAGAAAGUUAAAAUGUAGUGACACUCCCAGCGCCAAUCACCAGCUACUGUUUGUAUAAAAAAGAAAAAAAGAUUUGCCCUUAUGCAAAGACGUCUUUGUUAAUGUGAGAUUUUCUACGUAGUUUGGCUGAGGAAUUCAUUUCGACAUAAAUUAGGAUUGCUUGUAUGAAAGAGGUCUAAAAACAAAUCUGGAAAUUAAAUAUGAAAACUUGAAAACUAAAAA